AUGUGGCUCCUGCUGUCUUAUGGUGCUGACCCAACCCUGGCUACAUAUUCGGGGCAGACUGCCCUGAAGCUGGCCAGCAGCGAAAACAUGAAAAACUUCCUUAAUGGUAGGUUUCCAUUUGUCAAAGGUAAGGCAGCAAUUUUAUUCCCCUGCACACACACACACCCUGGCCAUUGGAUACUAGAUAUAACGCAUGUGUUGCUGCAGUCGAAAAUGCACAUGGGUUUUGCAGGGAAAGUGCUUGAUUUGCAUUAAAGGACAUCAUUCUGCAGGAUAUAUGCAUGCUUCAAUGGGUUGAUUCUGGUGCUUAGUUUUCCCUCUAAGGAGGGCUUUGGAUGGAUUCAUGUUGGAGGGCUCUACUUUGAAAACAUUAGACUAGAAUCCUACAUGAAUCUUGCUAGAAGGUACCUGUGAGCAAAAGACGAAGAUUUUUGCUCUCAUUAAAGGCUUGCAAAGUUCAAUGUGGAUUUAUCAUAACAUCACAAUCUUUUGUGAUAAAUCCACAUUGAAUUAUCCCUUUAAUCCAGGGUUUCCCAAACUUUGGUCUCCAGCUGUUUUUUUUGGACUACAUUUCCCAUCAUCCCUGACCACUUGUCCUGCUAGCUUGUGGUGAUGGGAGUUGUAGUCCAACGACAGCUGGAGGCAUAAGUUUGGGAAACCCUGCUUUAAUCAGUCUUUAUGGCAAGGAUUGUGGAGCCUUCAUCCUGCAGGCCAAUCUUGAGUCCAGUUUGGCCCAUGAGGCCAUUUCCUCUAAACUGUGCCCCCUCUGGUCAGUCACCUGACAUCACUUUGAUGGGUGGGUGAAAACAGCUGAUGGGCUGUUCAGUUCUGCAUGGGCUGUGCCUGCCUGUUCCCCACAUGGAGCUGGUAUGCUCAGCCAAAGCAUCAGUAUUUUAAGUGCCCACCCAUCACCUGAUGAGAGAGAGUUCAGUUCUGCUCCUUGCUGCUUCCUGGUGACUUUUUCCUUCUGCAAGUUAACUUAAACAGGUGGGCAAGAUUGCCUACUUAAUGGUCACCCAAUGGCAGAUGGGUUGCCUCUGCCUACCUGUAGAAGUUCAGCCACAAGGAUGGGGGGAGAUAAAAUAUCUGGCACACUAGGUCAAAAAUUCCCCCAUCUUACUCUCUGGGAACCUUGCCUAAGCACCUGAAAACGCAUUGACAUCUCAGCUUCCUUUAUUCCAUUUUAUCUUCUUGCAGAUUACCUCUUGGAUCUGCAGGGUCGAGCUGAAGGGGACCCCCAUACAGCCUGGGAUUUUUACAGCAGCACUAUAUUAGGUGAGUAGACCCCACCUACCUCUUUUCCCUGCUCCCUGGAACAACAAGUAGUGGAGCUGAUCGGCUUCCCUAGAGGCAGGAUGUUUGGAGCAAGGGAAUGAAGUGCAGGGCAUUUUUUAUUUGUUUCCCAAGCACUCUGUCUUUUGGUCUUAAACCACUUGCUCCUGCAGCGUACUGAGUGGAGGAGACAGAUCUUCAAAGAUGUGUUUGAACCAUUUUCUUCAAAUGGUGGGUGAUUUUGCUCAGUUACUGCCCUUUGAAGAAACUGGUUUGGUUGACCCUUCAAGCUCAAGACAUAUUGGUCUCACAAGUGCACCUUGGGAUGUUUCUGUUGGGAUACUGCCAAGGAGACAGAGGCAUCAGACAGGCCCCCAGUCGCCUCCGGACGAUCACUGGUCUCCCGUGGAACAGCAUCAGUCAAUUAGCGACAUGAGCCUCAGAGACAUUCCAAGGCCCGUGCACACCCUUUCAGCAGUCUCCACAACGAAAGAUGUAGACAGGAGAGCACAUUUACAGCUUUAUUCAACGUAGAUCAGAACAAAGGAAAAACAUGACUGCUUGCCUCCGUGUCCAGGAAAACAGCCAGAACAAAAGCUAUAUACAAAACAGAAGUUCCCAGCGAGAGCUGGAACGAAACAGGAAUGUGAUAAACAACAAUCAUGCCUGACCAUUUAAGGUGGAACGAAACUAUAUCCUAACAUCCUCCCCCUUUCCGUGUAACCUGUAGUACCUGUGGUUCAACCCAAUUGCAAAAUCUGUACAUAAACCUUAAGUUGUUCUCUGUUAACAACCUUAGACAACAGAUCAGCAGGAAUUUCAUUUCCUGGCAUGUAGGACACCUGAAUGAGUCCUUUCUGAAUACACUCUCUUGCACAAUGUAACUUAAUCUGCAAGUACUUGGUUCUUUGCUUGCAACUCUCUGAGUUCAGCAAAGCCAAACAGGAUCUAUUGUCUUGAUAUACCUGUAUAGGACAUUUCACAGAAACUCUGAUGUCCUGAAACAGUUGCAUCGACCAUUCACAACCCAUGAGUGAAAAUGACAGAGCAUUGAGUUCUGCUUCACAGGAACUUAGGCUUACUGUCGUCUGCUUUUUGCAUAGCCAGUAAAACAGACAAUGGUUGUACAUGUAGCAUGCUCCAGAAGUGCUUGUACCAUCCAUGGUGUCACUUCCAAAACUAGCAUCUGCAAAGAUUUCAAGACCUGCAGUCUUCUGACUGGUGAACCUCAGCCUGUAGUGCAAAGUCCCCUUCAAAUAGCAGGCUAUGCGCUUCAGAGCUUUCCAAUCCUGAACAGUAGGAUUGUUGGCAUGUCUGCUAAGCAGGUUAGUGCUUACAGCUAUGUCAGGUCUUGAACAUCUAGCAAUGAGAUUCAGCUUGCCUAGAAUGCAUCUGUACAGUGUGGUGUCAGAAAAUGCUUCAGCAGUACUAUCUACCUGGUAACCUGUCACCAUCGGUGUGUCUGCUGUUUUUGCAUCAACCAAAUUCAGCCUGGUUAAUACAUCAGCAAUUUUCUGUGUUUGGUGUACCAGAAAAUUACCUGCUUGGUCCUUCUCCACCUGCAGAGAAAGAUAGUUGGAUACCUCACCAAGAUCCUUCAUGUCAAAGUGCUCCUUCAGCUGAGCUAGGGUGCUUUGGUAGAAAGCCUGAUUCUUCCAAAACAUCAGAAGAUCAUCAACAAAACAUAAACAAUACAGUUUUUUUUGCCCCUCCUCCUUGACAAACACACAGCUUUGCCUUGGUGAAAACCUAGAGAAAGCAAUGUCUCAGUGAGUUUUGUGUUCCAACACCUGGCACUCUGCUUGAGACCAUAUAAGGACUUCCGUAGUUUACAGACUAUUCGCUUCUGUAUCUGCACUCCAUCAGGUGGAAGCAUAUACAGCUCCUCCCCCAAAAUCCCGUACAAAAAAGCUGUGUUCGCAUCGUGAUGAGAAACGUGCAGUUUCUCCUCUGCAGCAAUCGUGAGCAUUAGCCUAAUGCUCUCAUACUUGACGGUGGGUGAGUAGGUCUCGUGGUAAUCCUGUCCUGGUACCUGUGAAAAACCUCUAGCGACCAAUCUGGCUUUGUGCCUUACAACCUUGCCAAUCUGGUCUGUCUUGGCCUUGAAGACCCAUUUGCUGCCAACCAGCCUCAUUCCUGGGACUACUGGGACUAGCUCCCAGGUUUGGUUCCUAUUCAAGGAAUCAGCUUCAGCCUUCAUGGCAUUAAGCCAUGGCUCAGUAUCUUUAGAGGUCAACUCCUGAACCUCUUUGAAGCUUGAAGGUUCCCACACCUUCUCUAAGCUACUAAGAACAGCAGUUGCUGUCUUAGCAAACACAUCAGCAAAUCUCUUUGGAGGUUUGCCUUUUGUGGCCCUUUCAGAUCUGCGUACUAGACGCAAGUCUUCUGCACUCAUCUUCUCCUUCUUAGGAGAAAAGUGACCAAUGGUGAACAGUGGUUCUCCCAGUUCAGUGUCAGACGCAUCAGAUGGUCUGACUGAGGCCUUUGCGCUCUUGUAGUCUGCUGUGUCAUCACUGUCACUGACACCAGCAGCAGCGCCGCCCACUGAACUGGAAUCCAAACUCUGAUCAUCAUCCUCAGCUUCCUCGUCUACCUCAUCAUCAUCAUCUGCUUCUUUCACAUCAUCUUCAUCCUCCUCUGAGUGACUCUGGAAAAUUCCCACAUUCCCCCCCCCCCACUUAGGAUUGUACUCAACACUCUUUGUGAGCCUAAUGGACUUAGAGUCAGUCAUGAAUACCCUGUAUGCACCUUUUUCGUACCCCAUGAACAAACCAUGUGCCCCACACUUCCCAAGCUUGCUGUUCUGUGGGGUGUGUACCCACAUGUCAGAACCAAAUAUUCUCAUGUGCUUGACGUAAGGUUUCUUACCAAACAUCUUCUCAUAGGGAGUACAACCAAUAGGUGAUGACAGUCUCCUAUUAUAGGAAUAAAGGAAACACGAUAAAGCUUCAGCCCAAUAUUUCUCAGGGAGAUUGGCAUCAUGCAGUAAGGUUUUUAGGCCUUGCAGCAAAGUCUGGCUUGCUUGCUCACAAAGUCCAUUCUCCCAUGGAGAUCUAGGACUUGAGAGGCUAUGCUGGAUUCCCUUCUCAGUCAGGAAAGCUUCAAACUGCUGAGAAGUGAAUUCACCACCUCGAUCAGAAAAUAAACAGCCAAUGCGUUUAUUGUGAGCAUUCUCCAACCAAGCACAGAAUGCCUUGAACUUAGGAAACGCUUCUGACAUCUGCUGGAGCAUAAACACAUGAAUGUACCUGGAAAAAGAAUCAAUUAGAACCAUGAAGUACCUUGCUCCACCCAAAGAGGGUGCCAACCAGGUCUGCGUGGACUAGCUGAUAUGGUUUGGAAGCCUGUCUCCUAGACACCUUGCCUUUCGGAGCAACCUUCACCUUGUUUUCUGCACAAGACACACAUUUCAUGUGAAACUUACAGGGCUUGAUGUUCAAACCCUGAACCGUUCCAGGCAUCUUGGCCAGUGCCUGCCAAGACAUGUGACCAAAUUUUCGGUGCGCCUCAUGAAUACAUCCUGCGUGAAGAACUUUGUUAGUUUGUGCAACAUAACAAGAUUCAACACUAGACACAUCAACAGCAUUGUCAUCAUAAGUUAUCAAGAACAAGCCAUCUAUAAACUUCGCAUGCAAAAUGUCCUCUUUGCCCUUCCUGAUGACACAGACGCUCUUCUUGAAGGAAAUCUCAAAGCCUCACCCAGUCAGCUGUGGGACGCUGAGCAAAUUGUCUGCAGAAUCUGGAACAAAAAGUACUUCGCUAAUGGUUGUGUGCAGACUUGCCAGUUUCACUGUCCCGGCUCCUGCAACUCUCAACGUCUUUCCAUCAGCCUGUUGGAUCCCUCCAUCUUGAGGUGUGAAGGAGAUAAACAAGCGUUGAUUUUUCGUAAUGUGCCUUCUGGCUACAGAAUCGACAGCAUAUCUGGCUUUGGCCUUUGGAGCAGCAGUGCCAGCAAACAAAACCUUGUUUUCCACCAGCCUGGGCUGCUGCUUGCCCCCCUGCUCCUGGCCAUCUGCAGGCUUUUGUCUCUGUUUACAUCUCGCCUUCUGGCCUCUGCAAAGGCUGCCGACUCCUUGGCUCCCCCUGGAGGCUGGAAUGCUGUCUGGGAUGACGUAACAGUCAGCUCCCCCUGCAGCUUGCAAUCGGUGCCCUCGGCAUCCCUGCAAUCACUCUCAAUCUGGGAAACAGCCAGGACCUCCGAGGCAGUCAAACUCUGUGCUGGAGACGCUGUCAGAUGGGCUACUUUCAAAGCAUUUCACAUCUGACUUGCUGUCGUGUUGCCAGCCAAUGUUACAAUUUCCUCCAGAGAGACGGACAAGACAAUCACAUCUAUGGCCCUUGAAUCAUCGGCCCUCCAUCUAUCUGUCAGAGGAACUGGAGGCGCUUCAUACACAGUGUGCCACACUCCAAACUGUCUCAUCUGGCCCUCGCAGUACCUUGCCCAGGUCUGAUAGUUGUGGCCAUUAAGCUUUGGGCACGGAACCCCAUCUUAGGCUUGUAAAAGCUCCAUUUCAGCUCUUUACUUCAGCCAUGAGCCUUAUUCCCUUCAAAAGCUCCUUAUCUUUGGCAGGUUGUAAAUUACGAGGCCUGCUUGCUCUCUCUGCCAGCCUAAUUAGUUGGCUCGGACUUCAAAGACUCUGUUGCGGCACAGAAAAGUCUUGCUUUUCUCCACAUACCUCUCGCAGUCUUCAGCAGUCUUACUCUCCUGUAAGCACCGUGAAUCUGGGCCCAUAACCUGUUGUUGGGAUACUGCCAGGGAGACGGAGGCAUCAGGCAGCCUACACGUCGUCUCCAGGCGAUCACCGGUCUCCCGUGAAACUGUUGGGAUAUGAGUACAACGCAGCUGCAAACAAGCAGCUCGAUGUUUACAUCACAUGAUGUGGCUAGUCCUGGGAAAGAAUGUACCAGGCAGUUCACAGGGAUUUGUUCUGUGUGUAAUAUGAGACCUUCCUGUUGCGUGUGUGAAGGAAGUCUUAGUCAGUUGCUUGGAGGAGACUGAACUGAACGGACAUGUUUUUGUACAGAUGUAAAGUCAGAAAUAAACCGUAGAAAUGUAAAUGACUUUCUGACUAUCUUCUUUCCCCUGCUAGUAUGCAAGGGGAGAAGGGGGUGUGCAUCUUCCACGCUGGGGGAUGUCGCCUAUCAAGACCUCUCUGGACUGCCGUGAUACCAGCCGAAGUAGGUCACCGGAGACAAGCCCCGGGAGCCAGCUGACAGACUGUUGGAUUUUUACUCUUGUAGCUGAGAGCUGACACUUGGAAUCAAGAUGGAUGCCAAGCAAGGGGCGGGUUUGCCUUAUCCACCCCCCCUAACUAAUGACAAUUAUUCCUCAUGGUCUUUGAAAAUGAAAGCCCUACUUCAGAGACAGAGAGUAUUUGGGGUGAUUGAAAAUCCCAUCCCAGCAGCUCCCACAAGAGCUUGGAAUGAACAGAAUGUGAAGGCCAGGUCGGCUAUCAUCUUAUGUGUUUCUGACCAUCAACUUGUGCAUAUUGCGGAUUUGGAAUUCGCGCGUGAGAUUUGGCAAACGUUACAGCGAAUUCAUCAGAGAGAUGCCGCUGGCACUGCGCUGCUGCAUUUUGAGAAACUCACAAACAUGAGACUGAAGCCUGAUGGCGAUGUGCAAGUGCCUUUGACAGAGAUGAAAUUUCUACGCUAGCAGAUGGCGCAAAGAAAUUUUCCUCUUCAGGAAGAAAUAUUCUGUUUUAUGAUUAUUAACAACUUGAACCAGACUUACAAAACCGUUGCAAGUCAACUUGGUUCUCUACCUGCUGCGGAUCUUACGGUGGAGAGAAUUUGUUCCGUGGUUCUGAAUGAGAGAGACCGACUUGCUGCAAUAGCUGUUGCUGAUGGGGGGAGUGAAGCUCGGAGUUCAAGCACCCCCCACUGUUACUGCUACAGAGGAGCAGGCUGUAGCUUUGAACGUUGUUCGUUCUUACAAUUGUGGCCAGCCUGGGCAUGUUCAGAGGAACUGUAAAAGGCCACGUCAACAGAAAGGAGCCAAAGGGGGCUCUGCAAAGCCUGAGGCUUCAGGCAAGGGUCGUGCCAAGUCGCAGGCAAGACCAGCAAAGGCUUUGAUGUCGCCAAAAGCCACAUCAUCGGUAGAAAACGCGUUUAUUAUCAACGCUGGAGCGACCAAGCACCUCACGUCACGCCAGGAAUUGUUUUCUAUGUUUGAGAAGCAACGCUUCACUGUGAUUCAAGCCAACGGUCAGGAGAUGGAAGCUACCGGAAUUGGAACUGUUUAUCUGGAGAGUCUGAACUUGACUAUAAGUAAUGUUUAUUAUGUUCCGGACUUAAAGUUCAAUUUGUUGAGUGUUUCUCAGAUGACAAAGAAAGGGCUGAUGUUGUCCUAUGAUAAGCAGAGUUGCAAAAUCUUUAAAGACGGAGAGCUGUAUCUUUCUGCCAGAGAGAAAGAUGGACUUGUAUCUAUUGACUUUUGAUGAGUCUGAUUACAGAGUGUCUAAUGCAUGUGAUACUAUGAUGUUUUCUCUUGCAGGUGUAUCGAAAAAAGCCACGGGAAGAAAGACAACAAAGAUUAACAGUGUUUUUCAGCGAGUGUAUGCUGAUGUAAUUGGUCCUCUAGCACCAUCUAGAGGCAAUGCUAAAUACUAUCUUGUGUUUGUUGAUCACUAUUCUCAAUAUGUAUGUGUCAGGGAACUGCCAUCGGAGCCAGGGGGAGAGGGAGGGCUCCAGAGGGAUUCCGGAGAGCGUCCCGGGAGGGAGAAAAGCAGCACAUCUUCUGGGGAAGGAAAUCAGCGUAGCACCAGUGGAGAAGGGGGGCAGAUGGGGGAAUCGGCGAGGUGGCUCCAUGACUCUUCGCUGGGGACCAGCGGGGAGAGCACGGGUCCUCCGCUGCCCACACCCUCCCUGCGCAGAAGGCUUCCGCGCAGGGAGACUAGGCGGAGACUAGGCGUCAAAGAACUUCUUUGCUGGAAGAAGUUCAAGAAACGCCCACUGACAGAUUCUGCCAGCGAUUGAGACAGCCACGAGCGAGUGGCUGUCCGGACAGAAAAGGUUCACUCAGGCAACCUAGCCAGGUGUGGCGCCGAUUUACGCACGAGCAACCCCUAGAACCAUUACAGUAUGGCUAUAUGUAUUGCAAUCACCAAAAGAAACCUUAGCAAGUUUUAAAGAGUUUUGUGAUAAGGUUAAGACUGUUCAUGAUGCUAAUAUUGAUUAUCUUUUCACAGAUGAAAAGCCAAUUUUUCUUUCACAGGAUUUUCAGGAUUUCCUGGAGAAACGAAGGAUAGAGCAUAAGAUUGCUGUAUCUGAAGCUUCAUGGAACAAGAGUGUGUAUGUAAAGGUGAACAAAGAGUUGCAAAAUGGCAUGAGAGCACAAUUGCUGAGUUCACAUUUGCCACAUGAGUUCUGGGCUGAAUCUUUAUCCUCUUUUUGUCACACUUGGGUGAGAAAGGUUUCAAAAGGUAUGGAAAGUUCUCCUUUUGAGAAGCUCUUCCACAGGAAACCUUCUGCAACACAUUUUAAGGUUUUUGGAUCUCACGUCCAUACAGAAACUCCACAAGGGGUCAGAAAUGCCAAAGGCAUUUUUGUGGGUUAUGAAAAGGGCCUCUACAGAGUAAUUUUGUCUGAAUCUGGUCAGGUGAUUCUCACAAAAUAUCUAGAGAGCACUCCGAGACAGGAGAGAGAGGUUCUCCACACAUUUCCCACUGAUGACAAUGCAGAUGAGUACUCUGAUACUGAGAGUGACAGAGAGAGCUCAGAGAGUUCUGCUGACACAGUCAUUGAGAGGGGUUCACACACAAUGUCUAGUCCUUCACAGGUUAAGGCUGAACUAGAAUUGACUUAACCACUGUUUACUGUUGGGAGUGGUUCUCCAAAAAGUCCAGAGGAAGAACCAGUCAGCAAGGAAAAUCUGCACCUCAUACGCAGGUCUGAGAGAAUGACAAAGGGCAUACCACCCAAAAGGUAUUCUCAAGAGUUUGCUAACUCAGCUGUUGCAUGUGUUACUAUUGUUGACAACUCAAGCCAGGUUAAAGGUAUGUCUAAGUCAAAGACAAAGACACAACUGGGAGUUGCAAAACGUAACACUACCUUCCCUAGCCAAGUCAAUGUAGAAGCACUCAUUCCUUGAAAAACAGACAACCAGAGAGUUACACUGGUGAAACCAGUGGCGGGUAGUUCCAAAGGUGGAACUGAAACAACAGGGGAUUGUUACGUGUAUAACAACUGUUUGUUUUCUUCUCUGGAUCAAGCUUUGUUCGCAGCUAACGUUGAAUCAUAUGGGGGAGUAUGUUGGGAUAUGAGUACAACACAGCUGCAAACAAGCAGCUCGAUGUUUACAUCACAUGAUGUGGCUAGUCCUGGGAAAGAAUGUACCAGGCAGUUCACAGGGAUUUGUUCUGUGUGUAAUAUGAGACCUUCCUGUUGCGUGUGUGAAGGAAGUCUUAGUCAGUUGCUUGGAGGAGACUGAACUGAACGGACAUGUUUUUGUACAGAUGUAAAGUCAGAAAUAAACCGUAGAAAUGUAAAUGACUUUCUGACUAUCUUCUUUCUCCUGCUGGUAUGCAAGGGGAGAAGGGGGUGUGCAUCUUCCACGCUGGGGGAUGUCGCCUAUCAAGACCUCUCUGGACUGCCGUGAUACCAGCCGGAGUAGGUCACCGGAGACAAGCCCCGGGAGCCGCGGAGAGGGGUCAGCCUCUCCCGAGGGGGCAUGUUUUCCAACAGGAACAGCAUCAGUCAAUUAGCGACACGAGCCUCAGAGACAUUCCAAGGCCCGUGCACACCCUUUCAGCAGAGUCUCCACAACGGAAGAUGCAGACAGAAGAGCAUAUUUACAGCUUUAUUCAACGUAGAUCAGAACAAAGGAAAAACAUGACUGCUUGCCUCCGUGUCCAGGAAAACAGCCAGAACAAAAGCUAUAUACAAAACAGAAGUUCCCAGCGAGAGCUGGAAUGAAACGGGGGGGCCACUAGGUGCGCAUUGGAAGAUGGCCGACAAUAACAUCUCUCCGGCCCACACGAGGUAAUUAAGAGGCUGUUAUGGGAGUAUGCAGCCUCCCUUGUUGCCCCAAGGGAAUGGGGAACACUGCCCUUGCCUGCUGUGCCCAUAAAUCACCCCCGAAUUUGAAAGAAGGGGGUGAGGGCACUAGGCAGAAUGCCCUUGUGUGGACUCCGGCUCUCCUGGACGCUGUCUCUGAUCGCGCACUAGCUGCAGCAAAUUGGAAAUAAACAAUUAGAAAGAAGCAAAUGCACAUAUUUCAAGUGAAGAACGGGAGUGAAGACUGCUAAUUGAAGGGACCUCUGCGAAAGAAGAGCAACGGGUUGGAUCAACAGGAAUAUAUCAUGAAGAAUACAUCAAAGGCUUGGAAUGUCGGCAGCGGGACUGGAUGGGGGGGGGACUCUUUUUAUUUUCUUCUAUGUGAUUAACCAAUAACCCCUCCUCAAGAUAGAACCGUUGCUUAACUGAUCCAAGCAGGAUGAUUAAGAACUGUGUGGAAAUGAAUUCUAACCAAAAGUUUGCUUUACGGAGAUUGAGAAAAGAACGAGCUUUUGGAAUGACGCAGCAAUAAAAAACAGAGUCGCCAUGUUGGCUGGUUUUGUCGAAAGAUUUACUACCGGGAGGAGGAAUGGACUUGUUUUCAUACUGGAUUCCUAGCGAACCUCCUCAAAGGACUGAGAAGGGAGCGACAGACCAGUGAAGAUUAACGACGGUAAGAGCGUUUUUAUUUAUGGAAGCGAUGAUAUACAGAAGCCGUCUGAUAUGGCUCUUGGAUGAACGGAAAAAACCUACACAGGAUUACAAUUUGUCUUAACCCGCUUGUGGAGACCAUCAGAGGUCACAAAGAGAAAGGAAAAAUAUAUGAAAACAACAAGAAACAACAAGAAAGGAUUGGAUAGAACUGUGAACAUUAUUUGGACAGAUUUGUGGACUUGAAAGCAGCAGCAAGAAGAUGAUUGGAUCCCCUUCGGAACUUGAAAUAUGGGUAUCCCCAACAAAAAUUUAAAAUUUGGCUUUGUAAUUUGUAAUUUAUGUGAUUUGAUUUGAUUGGUCGGUUAAUAAAAAUUAUUUUUUUUUAAAAAGAGAGAGAGAGCUGGAACGAAACAGGCAUGUGAUACACAACAAUCAUGCCUGACCAUUUAAGGUGGAACGGAACUAUAUCCUAACAGUUUCCUCCAUUCUUUGAUCCUUUGCUGGUGCCUUCCCUUCUUCAGCCUAGGCAGGGACAGGGAACCUGUGGCCUUCCAGGUGCUGUUUGACUUCCACUUCUGUCAUCCCUAACCGUUUGCUUGGACUGAUGGGAGUUGGGAGUCCAGCAACAUCUGGAGGGCCACAGGUUCCCUGUCCUUGCCCUAAUGGCAGCUCUGGGCAAGCAGUAGGCAGCAAGAGAUGGGUGGCUUUUGGCAUACCUUGUGCCAGAAUUCCAGCCAUUCUCUGUGGGAGAAAAGAGCCUGCUGCUCCUGUGCCUCAGGAAGUUGGCCUCUCCCAUCCUGAGAGUGGAGAGAGUGGGGAAAUGAGAGGCAGUAUGUAUCUAAGACUGUACUCUCUGUUUAAAUGUGGGAAAGAGGAACCCAGCAUUUUUGCAUCCAUGCAGUCCAGAAGAGUUGAAUUUUGUGCCUGCCAAAAGUAGCCUCCCCUCACCUGGUGCCUUCUAGAUGCUGCAUGGUCCCAGUUCCCAUCAACCCCAGCCAGCACUGCUGACAGUCAUGAGUCAUGGGAAUUGUAGUCUAAAAACAACUGGAGGGCACCACAUUGGAGAAGGUAGCUCUAAAGGACAAGGAUUGAGCACUGUGCAUAAGUUCCCUUAUUAUGCACAAUUUAUUCCACUGUUUGGGUUUUUUGUGUGUCUGUCAUUUAUUCUACCUUUGCUGAUCCUGGGAGGGGCUGAUGAGCUAUGCACCCCAACCCCUGGAAAUCUUACAUUCCGACUUCUGAAACAUAAGAGACCCAGCUUACUUGCACUGCCAGAUGCUUCUCUGCACCUAAAAAGGCUAGAUGCAUGGGGUUUUUCAAAACAGGAGCUGUCAUUCUUGCAGAGCUACAUUCCUCACCCAGCCUGAGCCGUCUGCACUCCUGUAGCAUUGCAGCAUAACACAGCCCCAUAGUGGUCUCUAAAUUUCUAUCGGCUUCUGCCAGGUGUUCCUCCAGGCAUCUACAUGCUGGGCUUCUUUUGCAGCCCGUGGUUGGGUUGCUAUGGUAAUGGCUGUCCAGCAAGUGAACUGGGCACAGGGAAGGCUAGGGAGCAAGCUUGUGCGUGCAGAGUUCUUUGAGCCCGUGGCAUUUCCCCUCCCUCACUUCCCUCUCCAUUUCCCGUAUCCCUUGUUUCAGAGGGGAAAGAGAAAAUUGGCUGUGACCUUCUGCUCAACCCUCCCGGGAGCUCUGAUCAGGAGGACGAUGAGCAGGACUCGGGCCACCUCAUGUUUGAGUUCUCCAACAAGCCGUUGCUCCCCUGCUACAACCUGGAAGUGUCUGUCUCCCAGGGGUGAGUAAUGGCGGCAUCUCCUUGUUGGGAGAGCUUGGGGAGCUUUUGAGAACAGGCCAAAUUGUACCACCCCACUACUCCCUGGGAGAAAGAGGAGCCCUGAAGUCCAAAGGCCAGUGUCAUUGGAAGGUGGUGAGCAGGAGGGAGGGAAGGACGGGUCUGUUGCAGACAACAGCUUUUGAGAGCCUUGGAGAAAGGAUGAGGAGACAUGCAUUUGCUUGCAAGUCAGCUUUCCCUUUCCUUCUCCAGCUCACACAGGCACAGCAAGGUUUUGCCAGCUUCUCAAGGAGGGGAGGGGCAUUCAGAGAGCCUGCUGUGACAAAUGAGAGACUGGCAAACCAUGACAAAAUAACAGGCUUUGGGGGGGGGGGUAUAUGAUGCCUAUUCUGCAUAUUAAGCAUGGAAGUGGUGGGAGCUCCGUGGUUCCAAAAGGAUGGGGGUGAAGGCAGGCAGGGUCGUGGCCAAGAUCCUGCAUCUGCAAAAGCACCAUUCCAAACUGCUGGUGCUGCAGUCGUUACAAUGCUGUGACCCAGAUAAAGGAUGCAAAGGAAGCAGAUCUCAGAAUGUCUUGUGCUUUUGCGUCAUUGGUUCUGUUUUUUAUUAGGCAGAAGCUGGGGGAGGGAUGAGGGAGGGCCGCACAGCAUAGAGACAAGCUACCCACUACCUGACCCAAGUCCUGCCUCCCCCCUCCUCUGCCCAGCCCAACUGCUGAGAUGUCAGUAGGGACAGGCUGCAGUGUAUUCAAGCAUAAUGGGCACCCAUGAGGGUUAGAAGCAUGGUGUUCAAAAACAAAGCACUACCAUCCUUUUCACUUACUUGCACCAGGCAGUUGUAGCCGUGGGUGAUGUGAGGUGGGUGCUAACGGCUGGGGAGAGAGGAUGCUUGGAGUUGCAGCGCAAGCACUUUUUAAGCUAGCAGGACCAGUGGCCAGGGAUGAUGGGAAUCAUAGCCCCAAAACAGCUGGAUACCCACGUUUGGGGAAACACGGCACUAGAAGAUAGGGCAGUUGCUCUGAGUACAUUAGGGAUGGGGAACAUGUGGCCCCCUAGAUGUCAUUGAGCUCCAACUCCUGUUGGCCCCAGCCAGUUUGGCCAGUGGGAAGAAUAAUGGCAGUUGUGAUCUAGCAACAUAUGGGGAAAAUGGGCUUCCAUCAAGAUGGGAUGGUGUCGCUUAUGGGUAGGUUUCAACCCUUGCAUUUCAGCUUUUAGAACUUUGACUGUGGGGGUGGGAGGGGGAGAGUGAAAUGGAGAACAGGGGAGGGAUGGGCACAGAGAGCAUGUCCCUACUGACCACCACGCUUCUCCCCUUUGCCCAGGCCCUGCAACUGGUUCCUCUUCUCAGACAUGCUGAAGCGGAUGAAGCUCUCGUCCCGCAUCUUCCAGGCCCGUUUCCCACACUUUGAGGUGACCACCCUGCCCAAGGUGGAGUUCCAGCGCCAGGUGUUGUUGAGCCAGGUGCUGGCCCCAAAAGAAAUCCAGGAGCACAUGGCGCCCCCCUUGCCUCUGGGUGCUGCAGAGACGGUGGAGCUGGUGCGCCACGAGCUGGAGCUGGCUCGGCUGCUGGGCUCGGAGGUGAUGUUGGAGGCCUGGAGCAGCUGAUGGGGGGCUGGGCAUUCCCCUCUGUCGGCGUCGGACUGCACUGCAAGGCAAUAAUCUGGACCAAGGAGAGAAGGUGGCCUUCUCGCCAGCAGGGCUUCUGUCUGCCUGGUCCUCCCUGACGAACUGCAACGGAUGCUCACCGCCUGCCCUCCUACCUUCCCACCAACCCUGAGGGUAGGAAGCUGCCAUCCCCUGUGCCCUGGACUCUGCACUCGUUCACCUGCUGCAGGGCCUCGGUGGCUUGGAAGCCUCUCCAUGGAACUGCGUCUCUUUCCCCACCCCAAGCUCUUCAAGAGUAUUUAUUUAAAUUAGUAUUUAAUUUGUGGUGUUCUUUUUCUUUUUUGUUCUUGCUAAGUCUGUAUCACUGUGAUUCGGGGGGGGGGGAGUGGAGAGACAGGGGACAACUUCCUGCAGCCACCAUCGCCUCUGGGAUUCCCCUGAGUGACUAAGCUGGGCCUUCCUUUCUCCUGUCCUCCAUGAAAUAGCGAGAGGGAGGCUAUUGUUUCUUCUCCCCCCUCUGUUUUAGAGACACCCAGCUUCUGUUGGGUGAGUAGGAGCCAACCUUCAGUUUCCACAAUAAAUUAUUUGAGGGGCCG